UCCAAUCCAUAAAAUGAGUUUGUAGCGAUUGCACUCGAAAUGGUGACUUUCGCUCUUCUAAUUUUUCCAUACUUUAUAAUCGGCGGGGUUUCCGGUUUCGGUUCACAACCGAGGAUCAUUUCCCAAGAUGGCAACUUGGUAUUCAACUGCGGCGAAAAUAAGAAUAUCCGUUUCGUUACCAAGGGGGAAGGGAGGAUUUUCUUGAACGAGGGAGAUCUGACCAACGCCGCCGUCAUUGCGAAGAACGCCUCGGAUACGCUGCAUCGUAUUAAUACGGAAUAUUACGACACGUUCUUUCAAAUGAAGAAAUUUAAUCGCGUCAUCGAGGGGCGUCACGGUAUCUUACGAAGAUUGCAGGCCCUCGAAAUGGGAACGGCAGGAGUUAGAAAUUCGACUAACGGCACGUCUGUGGGAAGAGGAAGUUUACCAAUGAUUAACCGACGACUGCGUACCUUACAACGGAAAGUCGGUCGUCUCAUACGUUUACUGAGCAAGAACGAGUGCGCAAGUUCUCCAUGCGGAAACGGGGGCGUUUGCCAGGAUUUAUUUAACGGAUUUCUUUGCCAUUGCCCUGAAGAAUGGGAGGGAACCACUUGCGAAAAGGACGUGAAUGAAUGCGCGAAAUUUGCCGGAACAGAUUUGGGAUGCCAAAACGGCGCAACGUGCGUGAACAAACCCGGAUCAUAUGAAUGUGUAUGCAGUAAAGGGUGGUUUGGAAUACACUGCACCCGACAGUCGGCCAGUUGCACGGAAGGUUCAAUCGCCGAACUAUGCGGUCAUGGUACUUGCAUUCCUCAAAAUACUGGCCUCGGCUACAAGUGCCUAUGCGAUCAGGGGUGGACAACAAAUGGCGUCAGUCCCGCUUGCAACACUGACGUGGACGAGUGCAAGUCGAAGAUGCCGUAUUGUUCUACCAACCCCCUUGUGCCUUGCGUAAAUACGCCUGGGUCGUUUACUUGCGGAAAUUGCCCGGAAGGUUACGUGGGAAAUGGACAUUACUGCACCGACAUUGACGAGUGCGCAAUCUUCAACGGCGGUUGCAGUGUUAACCCCCUAGUCAAAUGCAUCAACACACCGGGGUCCAGCAUGUGUGGUAGUUGCCCCCCGGGUUACAUGGGUGACGGUAAAUCCUGCUCGUUUCGUGGAAUCUGCGGCGUCAACAAUGGCGGAUGCAACCAUCUCGCUCAGUGCAGGGAUAACCCUAGUAUCAGUCCCACUUACGUAGAAUGCAUCUGCCCUAUGGGUUAUUCCGGAUCAGGUAUAGGGCCCAAUGGUUGUAUUCACAGCUCGCAAGGCGGCAACCCAUGCGAGAGUAACCCUUGUGUCCACGGUACCUGCGUUGUGGACAACAGUUCGAACUCGUACAUAUGCCAGUGUCAUCGCAGAUUUACAGGUCGAAAUUGUGACAUUCAAAAGGACGCGUGCCAGUCGAAUCCUUGUCGCAAUGGCGGCACCUGUCGUUCGCUAUUGAACAUUUCAUUUAAGUGCAUAUGUACGUCUUCGUACACCGGAAACUUCUGCGAGUCUGAGAGGCAAGCAUGCGGAGGAUUACUGAGAAGCCCAUCGGGAAACAUCAAAUACCCGGCCACUGCCAGUCACGUGUCCGAUCCCAAAGUGAAUUGCGCCUGGGUGAUUCAGACGAACAGAACAAAAGUGCUUAACAUAACGUUCACCAAGUUUAACUUGCAAAACUCGGGGACUUGCGUUCACGAUUGGUUGCAGAUACACGACGGACGUAACACAAUAGCACAGUCCCUCGGGCGAUUCUGUGGGACAGCGCUUCCGAAUGGUGGUGUCAUUAUGUCAACUCAUCAUCAGGUUUACCUGUGGUUGAGGAUCGAUUCGUCUUUUACGGGGACCAGUUUCGAACUCAGCUGGAAUUCAACAGAUCCAGUGUGCGGCGGGGAGGUAUCUGUGACAUCACAUGGAACGCUCCACUCACCCGGCUACCCCGGAAAAUACCCACUAAAUCGUGACUGCAUCUGGAAGCUGAGCGCAGCCUUGGGUAAACGUAUUCAAUUCCACUUCUUUACCUUGAUGAUCGGAAACAGCCUCGACUGUUCCGGAGAUUACCUACAAUUCUCCGAAGGUUAUGGCACAUCGGAUAGGGUCCUGGCAAAAUACUGCAACACCUCCCAUCCCGAACCUCUAUACUCGGCAGGUCCCGAGGUGGUGAUACACUUCCACUCGGACGCGAUCAACAAUUACCCCGGUUUUCAGAUUUCGUACUCGACCAUGGAAAGCUUACCCGGUUGUGGAGGUGUCUUCACGGCUAUUACCGGCGAGCUGGGUUCUCCGGUGGAAGACGGUCGUUAUCCUCCGGACCUCAUCUGCGAGUACAAGAUUCAGGUGCCCGAAGAUUCCAGGAUCAAGAUCACAUUUUUGCUGUUCGAUUUGGAGGACGACAGCAGUUGCAGUUACGACUCUGUUACGGUACAUAACGGAGGUAGCUCCAGCGCGCCUCUCGUGAACAGGUAUUGCGGCCAUAAACUACCCCCGCCAUACACGUCGACGGGUAACCAACUGUUUAUAAUCUUCACGUCGGACUGGGGUAAUGCGGACGUCACCGAGCUGGGAUUUCGACUGAAAUACGAAAUCGUGUGCGGAGGAAUUUACACGGACCCGACGGGAGUUAUCGAAUCUCCAGGAUAUCCCAACAAAUAUGGCGAGGACCUGGUGUGCAUUUACGAAAUCGUACAACCUACAGGAAAGUCCAUUCUUUUGACGUUUUUGGACUUCGAUAUCGAGAUAGCGCAAGCGGGUUGUUUUGAUGCCUUGGAGGUAUGUGAUCUGAUAACGUCAAAUGCGUAUGAGAGCAAAACGUUUAAUCUGUAUAUCACUGUCACUGUUAUUUUGGGGAUUAGAGGGUUGGAAAUGGGGAAACUCUGAGUUCAGCCAGCCCGU